AUGUAUAGUGACUUUGAAGAAGAUCCGAUAGAUACACCCAGCUGGUUAGAUAUUCUUCCACAUCAUCCAAUAUUUCAUUCAAAUGAAGUAGAACAGUUGGAAGAAGAUUCACUGAAAUUAUACGGAAAUCGACAAAGGAAACAAUCAUGCUUAACAGCUUCAAUUAGUAAAAACCUUAUAGUGGCUGUAGGAUCUGAGAUAAGAAUCUUGAAUUUAAUGGAAUUCAAGUAUGCGUGGCGUCAAGCGAUCGAACGUGACGAAUUAGGUUUAAAUGAUAUUGACGAUGGCGAAUAUUUACCAGAUUGGAUGAACGAUGUCAAACAUGUGACUCUUGAUACGCCAUCCAUAAACUAUAAUAUAAGAUCGAUUACUGUCAAUUUCAAAGAAAAAGGAACUUUAAUUGCUGUUUCUGGUGAUUAUGAAGUGGCUGUGGUAGUCAUGCCGAAAUCUUAUUCUGGAUCAAUAUGCCCUUAUUAUCAUGUUGUCGGUUCAAGCCCUAUAGCAAAAGUUUUAUGGCACCCUAUGAGUGAGUCUGGGUCCCAUCUAGUAGUUUUAACUGAGGAUAUGAAAUUAAGAAUGUACAACAUUCUUGAGGACGUUACUGAACCUGAACAAGAAUUCAAUUUCUCCCCUAUUCCACAAAAAGAAGGUAUAUCAUUUAGUACUGAAUCUACCAAAGCUGUAUCAUUUUGCUUUGGACAAGGUCAGGAAGGGUGGGGUGGUUUUGUAGUUUAUGUUGUAGCUGAUAAUGGAGAUAUAUAUUCGAUGUGCCCUAUUGUCCCAAACAAAUGUAUUUGUCAUAAAUUUUUCCUCGAUCAACUUGCGUGCCUUAUCUCUAAAAAAUAUUCUGAAGUUGAAAAAUUAGUAGUUGAGCAUAAAGUAAAAAAUUGUUACAAUUUACUCAAUCAAUAUCGACGACAAUUCGAAUGGAUGUCUGCUAUUUAUAAACAAAUUGGCAACGAUGAUUCGAAUAAAGUCGUGUUCAUCCCCCCAGCAAUUGGUCGACAAUCAACUCAAUUACAGGGUCCAUAUUAUAUACAACCAACGCCAGUGGAAUUAUCGGCACACAUGACAGACGCCAGUGAUAUAAUUUGCUUGGGAACACAACCAGUUAACGUUAUUGUGAUAGCAUUUAAUAAUGGUCGAGUAGAUAUUUGUCUUGAGGUUGAUCGCGUGGAAGCAUUGUGGAAAACGGAUGGUGCAUCUGAUAUUGAUAAUCCGACCUUGAUACUAUAUGAAUGUAUAGAUCUUGGUUUCAAAAAAGAUUUUGUCGAUCCUACUUCAUGGCGAAGCCAACGAAUAACAAACUCUAUGAACAACCCAAGUCUAGUACAGGAUCCAUUUUAUGCGGAUACAUUUUAUGUAUACCAUUUUGCGGGUGUCCAUGGCAUAGUCCUAAAGAGUUGGCUAGAUGAUUUGAGCGAAGCAAUAAGGGACGUUGAAAAUGAAAUGGCAAUAGAAAAUUUUUUAGAGAAAAAUCGGAAGUCUGAUGUCAGCUGGAUUGCCGGAACAUUACCAAGUGAUCCAGAUCCUUUUAUUGGGUUAUCAAUAAUGAGCGAUGUUCAACUCUCUUAUGCCGUGUUAAUGCUAUCAUCUACCUUACAAUUGAUUUAUCAUGAAUUAUCAAUCAGAAGAGUGGAAGAAAUGGAUGAUCUUUAUCGGUCUCGAUUUGAAAAUAGUGCUAGAAAAAAUAUUAGAUAUAAUCCUGAUUUACCUCAUUUCCCUGAAUCACUGACGAAAUACUUGAAUUACCAAGGCCUUACGCGUCAGCCAAAACUUGUUUUACCACGUACUCAACAAAAAAUAGGAGGUACUAGUUAUGAGAUUGAUACGGAAUUUCUUCAAUCAAUGAUGGAUCAUAUACAACAAGAAAUAUUCGAAAUGAAGGAAGCAGUUAAGGCUCUUUGUUCAAGGGCCGAUGAUCAAAGCGUCGGGUUUCGACGUCAAAUUAAGAACAUUGAGGGUAUUCGUCGUUAUUUAACUGAAUUUGCUGACGAAAAAUUUCCAGAUUUAUCUGAUCGUAUACGGAAUCUGAGAGACAAACAAUUAAAUCUCGAAUGUAGAGCUGACACUAUCCUUCAGAGAUUAAUGUACCGGAAUGAUCCUAUACCGGGCGAAUUUGAAUUGCAGUAUCAUGAGGCUUUAGAGAAGAUACAUAGUGCCAUCAAAGGCGGGAAUGGAUUAAGCGUUAAAAUCAAACAGCUUCAGGCACGCCAUGAAGCACUUAGACAAGAUUACAAACUUUUAUCGCCCAGACGUUCUUUUCGGCAGUCGAAACAAUUCGUUAUUUUAAGUGGAAGUCAACUUAGUAAAGUGGAGGACGCUCUUAAUAAAGAAAUGAAUCUUAUCGAUGACACUACGCGCAAGAUUGAGGAGACGCAGGAAAAAUUAAAAAGGGUUUGUGAAGCGAAAUCAAAAGCCUGA